AUGGACCAGCGUCGCCAGAAGCGGCUUUUGACGCCGUUUCUUUCUAAGAAAGUGCCUCCCGUGCCCUAUGACGAUGAGCGGAUAGUGUACCCCAAAAGACCCAAUAUCUUUUCCGCCAUUUUCUUUUGGUGGCUUCAUCCUGUGAUGAGCACAGGUUACAAGAGAACCUUGGAUACUGCUGAUUUGUAUAAGCUUAAUGACGAGAAUGAGGUUGAAGCAAUGACUGCUCGUUUUGAAGGCAUCUUUGAACGUCGUCUUCAUGAUGCUCGUCAGAAACAUAUCGCCGCAAAGUGCAAGGCUAGAGGCGAAACCAUUGAAAAUAGCUCCGUGCCGGCUGAAGAGGACCUUGAAGGUUACCAGCCUCCAAAGCUAUUAUGUGCAUGGGCCAUUCUUGAAACUUUCAAGUGGCAGUAUGGUCUUGCUUGCUUGUAUAACACUUUGGCCAACACUGCGGCUGUGACCAAUCCAUUGCUUUCCAAGAAACUUAUUCAGUUUGUCGAGAGACACGCCAUGGGCCUCGACACUCAAACCGGUAAAGGUGUAGGUUACGCCUUGGGUGCCUCUUUUAUGGUGCUUAUUAUCGGUAUUUUAAUUAACCAUGGUUUCCAGAACGCUAUGCUCACAGGUGCCCAGGUCAAGGGUGUUUUGACCAAGGCUUUCCUAGAUAAGUCGUUCCGUUUGAGUGAUCGUGCUAGACACGAUUACCCUGCUUCUAAAAUCACUUCCAUGAUGGGUACAGAUUUGGCUAGAAUUGAUUUUGCCUUGGGCUUCCAGCCUUUCUUGGUGUCGUUCCCCAUCCCUAUUGCCGUCGCCAUCGGUAUUUUAAUUUGGAACAUUGGCGCCCCAGCAUUGGUCGGUAUCGGCCUCGUUUUCCUUUUCUUGGGUUUCAUUAUGGUCUUCACUGGUAAGUUGUUUGCUUACAGAAAGAAGGCUAACAAGUAUACCGAUGCCCGUGUCAAUUAUAUCAAGGAAGUCCUCAACAACCUCAAAAUCAUCAAGUACUAUUCUUGGGAGGAACCCUACAAUGAUGUUAUUGGCGAGAACCGUGCUAAGGAAAUGAACAUCAUCUAUAAAAUGCAAGUCGGCAGAAACGUUAUUCUUUCGCUGGCUAUGUGUCUUACAUUGUUUGCAUCUAUGGCAUCCUUUUUGGUAUUGUAUGCCACUUCUGGCUCUACUAAGGACCCUGCCAGUUUAUUCUCUUCCAUUUCCUUGUUCAACUCCAUGGCUCAACAAGUCAUCAUGUUGCCACUUGCUUUGGCAACUGGUUCGGACGCUGCUGUUGGUAUCAUGAGAGCCGCUCAAUUCUUAGCUGCCGAGGAGGUUGACGCUAAUGCCACCGCCAUUUACGCUCCUCCAGAAACCAGGGACCAAAUGGAAAAGGAUGGCCUCUCCAUUUCUAUUAAAAAUGCUAGCUUUGAAUGGGAAUCUUUCGACAACUCUUCGGAUGACGAUGAAGAUGAAGUUAAGCCUAAAAAUGACCUCGAGAUUACCGAGAAGGGCGAAGCCAAAGAAAAUCAAGGACAGUCAGACGACAAGCUGUCUCUGUCCACUAAUACUAUGAAGGAGUCAGAUGCCGAACCAAAGCUUACCACUUAUUCCACUGGCUCUUCCACCAUGGAAGCUACUAUCUUUACUGGUUUGUCAAACAUUGACCUUUCCGUACAAAAGGGUGAAUUCAUUGUUAUCACUGGUCUCAUUGGUUCUGGUAAGACUUCCUUGUUGAAUGCUCUUGCCGGAUUUAUGAAGCGUGUUGCCGGCCAUGUCGAUGUAAACGGUAGCCUCUUGCUUUGUGAAAACCCUUGGAUUCAAAACACUACCGUGAGAGAAAACAUCUUGUUCGGUGAAGAGUUCGACCAGGACACCUAUGAUUCCGUUCUUUAUGCAUGUUCUCUUGAGAGUGAUUUGGAGAUUUUGCCUGCCGGUGACCAGACCGAAAUUGGUGAAAGAGGUAUCAACUUGUCAGGUGGUCAGAAGGCCAGAAUCAACUUGGCCAGAGCUGUGUACGCUAACAAGGAUAUCGUUCUUUUAGAUGACGUGUUGAGUGCAGUUGAUGCCCGUGUUGGUAAGCAUAUCAUGAACAACUGUCUUUUGGGUCUCUUGAAGGACAAGACUAGAAUCUUGGCUACUCACCAGUUGUCUUUGAUUGGUGCAGCUGAUCGUGUCGUUUUCCUUAACGGUGACGGUACCGUUGAUGUGGGCACCCUCGAGGAUUUGAGAAAGACGAAUGCUGGCUUCGAACACUUGAUGAAGUUUAGCUCGGAGUCUGCUGACGAUGACGAAGAAGAGACCCUGCCAGAGGAAGCACUUGGUGAGGACCCUGAAAUUGAAGAGCGCGAGAUGAUUGAGCGUCAGCUCUCUCAAAAGCAAAGUACCAUUCCCGACGAAGAAGCUGAACGUCACGAUUAUAACGUCAACGAGAAGCAAGAUGGUCGUCUUAUGUCUCAGGAGAACCGUGCCGUGAACCGUAUCAAGGGUGUGGUUUACAAGAGAUACAUCAAGUACGGAUCCGGUAUAUUCAAGUACUACACUGGUGUUCCAAUAAUUAUCACUUUGACUAUUGUGGCUGUUUUCUGUCAGUUGUUCACGAACACUUGGUUGACCUUCUGGUCAGAUUUCAAGUUCGAUGGUAAGGACAAUGGUUUUUACAUUGGCUUCUACGUCAUGUUCACUGUUCUUGCCUUCAUUUUCUUGUCUUCCGAAUUUAUUAUCGUUGCUUACAUGACGAACGAGGCCGCAAAGGUGUUGAACUUGAAGGCUGUUAGCAGAGUCUUGCGUGCGCCUAUGUCUUUCAUGGAUACCACUCCAAUGGGCAGAAUUCUCAACAGAUUCACCAAGGACACCGACACGUUGGAUAACGAGAUUGGUAAUCAGAUUAGAAUGUUGAUUUACUUCUUGUCUAACAUUAUCGGUGUGAUUGUUUUGUGUGUCAUUUACCUUCCAUGGUUCGCCAUUGCCAUCCCAUUCUUGGGUGCUAUUUUUGUUUCCGUGGGUAAUUUCUAUCAAGCAUCUGCUAGAGAGAUCAAGAGACUUGAAGCUACUCAGAGAUCUUUUGUCUACAACAAUUUCAAUGAGACUCUUAGUGGUAUGAACACCAUCAAAGCUUACAAGGCUCAGACUCGUUUCAGAAAGAAGAAUUCUACCUUUAUUGACAACAUGAAUGAGGCUUACUAUUUGACCAUUGCUAACCAGCGUUGGUUAGCCAUUCAUUUGGAUCUCAUUGCGAUGUUGUUUGCCAUUAUCAUUUGUUUCCUCUGUAUCUUCAGAGUGUUUGACAUUGGUCCAGCUGCCACUGGUUUGUUGUUAUCCUAUGUUUUGCAAAUUGCUGGUCAGUUGUCGAUGUUGGUCAGGACAUACACCCAGGUUGAAAACGAGAUGAACGCCGUUGAACGUAUCUGUGAGUAUGCAUUCCAUUUGGAACAAGAGGCUCCUUACACUUACGAGAACUCCGUUCUUCCUCCAUCAUGGCCAGAAGAGGGUGGUAUCAGGUUCAUCAAUGCUUCUUUGGCUUACAGAGAGGGCUUACCAAAUGUCUUGAAGUCUCUCAACAUGGAUAUCAAUCCGCUUGAAAAGAUUGGUAUCUGUGGUCGUACAGGUGCUGGAAAGUCGUCCAUCAUGACUGCUUUGUACAGAUUGGCAGAGUUGAAUGAAGGUAGCAUUGAGAUUGACGGCGUCGAUAUCGGCAGUAUCGGUCUUCGCGACUUGAGAUCCAAAUUGUCCAUCAUUCCUCAAGAUCCCGUUUUGUUUAGAGGCAGCAUUAGGAAGAACUUGGAUCCAUUUGGCGCCAGUCCUGACGACGUCUUGUGGGAUGCUAUGAGAAGAGCUGGCCUCAUCGAGGCCUCUAAACUUUCAACCAUCAGGAACCAAAGCAAGAGCAGUGAGAAUCUUUUUAAGUUCCACUUGGACAGAGAAGUGGAAGAUAACGGUUCCAACUUCUCUCUUGGUGAAAGACAACUCAUUUCGUUCGCUAGAGCCUUGGUGAGAGGUUCGAAGAUUUUGAUUUUGGAUGAAGCUACCUCGUCUGUCGAUUACGAGACGGACAGCAAGAUUCAAGAAACAAUCAAGAGGGAGUUUAAUGAUUGUACCAUUUUGUGCAUUGCUCAUAGAUUGAAGACGAUUGUCAACUACGACAGAAUUCUCGUCUUAGAUAAGGGUGAGAUCAAGGAAUUUGACACCCCAUGGAACUUAUUUAAUCUGAAGCAUAGCAUCUUCCAGCAAAUGUGUGAAAAAUCCAACAUUACGAAGGAAGACUUUGUGGCUAGAGAUAGAUAA